AUAAAACAUAUUACUCUCACAAAAAUUUAGGGUUUUGCGUGGAUUAAAGCAGUAGGGUUUGCGUUCAUCUGCUGCGCAGCCUUAAAUCUUCCCCCUUCGUUCUCUUCAUUCGCUCGGCACUCACUAUCCAACAAUGGCGGUUGGAAAGAACAAGCGUAUUUCCAAGGGGAAGAAGGGUGGCAAGAAGAAAGCGGCCGAUCCUUUCUCAAAGAAGGAUUGGUAUGAUAUCAAAGCGCCAUCGGUGUUCAACACUAGAAGUGUUGGCAAAACCCUUGUCUCACGUACCCAGGGUACAAAGAUUGCUUCAGAUGGUCUGAAACACCGUGUCUUUGAUAUAUCUUUGGCUGAUCUCCAAAACGAUGAGGAUCAUGCCCACAGAAAGAUCCGUUUGAGAGCUGAAGAUGUUCAAGGAAAGAAUGUUUUGACCAACUUCUGGGGCAUGGAUUUCACAACAGACAAAUUGAGAUCACUUGUGAAAAAAUGGCAAUCUUUGAUUGAAGCCCAUGUGGAUGUGAAAACCACUGACAGCUACACUUUAAGGAUGUUCUGCAUUGGCUUCACCAAGAAACGUGCUAACCAAGUGAAAAGGACAUGCUAUGCACAAUCUAGUCAGAUUAAACAGAUUCGUCGCAAAAUGAGGGAGAUAAUGGUAAAUCAGGCACAAUCUUGUGACCUAAAAGAGCUUGUGCAAAAAUUCAUUCCUGAGUCAAUUGGAAGAGAGAUUGAGAAGGCUACGUCCAGCAUCUACCCUUUACAGAAUGUCUUCAUUCGCAAAGUCAAGAUCUUGAAAGCACCAAAGUUUGAUCUUGGAAAAUUGAUGGAGGUUCAUGAUGAUUAUGCAGAAGAUGUAGGUGUUAAAGUGGAAAGGCCUGCAGAGGAGGCAGAGCCAGAAGCAACUGAAGUAAUUGGUGCUUGAAUGAGAGUUAUAUAGUUUCUUGGUUGUUCCCUUUUAUGUUUGCUUUAAGUCACAGACAUGAAAUCUUGGUUUUGUUUUUGAUUAUUGAUGAGUUUUUGCUUUAGAUUGAUGUUGAAUUUUUGUAGUAAUGUCUUUGGAAGAGGAUUUAUGUUUCUUUUAAAGCCG